AAUAUGGCGGGUGAAAAUGCCGUCUCUGCAACCGAAACGGUGCGACGUCGAAACGUUUGUGAAACUGGAUCCGAAAAACAGAAUAUUAGUGAUAAAAAUGUUGACACAAAUUCAACUGAAGGUGGUAAAACACCAUUAGACAUGCGUAAUUGUAAAAUAGAACAUGGCACGUAUUGGCUAACUAGGAUACUCCUGUUACGCUUUCUUGGAUUUAUUUAUUUUGUAGCUUUUUUUGUGGCUUUAAACCAAAACAAACAACUUCUUGGCAAAAAGGGAUUAAUUCCGGCAACAAAUUUCCUGAAAAAAGUUGAGGCAGCUUCAGGUGGGAUAAAUUUGAAUUCCUUCAGCUAUGUACCAAGUGUUGUAUGGCUGGUUGAUUACCAUAGCAACUUGGACAGUUUCCUUGACUACAUUGCCUACCUUGGGAUAGGUUUAUCCUUAUUUCUUAUCAUUAAUGGUGGAGCCAACUGGUUCAUUAUGCUGUCUCUCUGGAUACUCUACCACUCCAUUGUCAAUAUUGGAACCACAUGGUAUGGAUUCGGCUGGGAGUCACAGCUGUUGGAGACUGGAUUCCUCGCCACAUUUUUAUGUCCAGUGUGGAACUUGUCCUCUGUGCCUCGGGACACGCCCACUUCUAAAAUCAUCAUCUGGGCAUAUCGCUGGCUCAUUUUCAGAAUCAUGAUCGGUGCAGGUUUGAUCAAAAUUCGUGGCGAUCAGUGCUGGAGAGAUCUUACCUGCAUGAAUUAUCACUACCAGACACAACCAGUUCCCAACCCCCUUAGUUACUACCUCCACCAGACUCCAGAGGCCUUUCAUCGCUUUGAGACAAUGACAAAUCAUUUUGUAGAACUGAUUGCACCUCUGUUUUUGCUGCUGACAAGAAGGAUGGUCAUCCUUGGCGGAUGCAUACAAGCUCUAUUUCAGGUUGUUUUGAUAACCAGUGGCAACUUGAGUUUCCUGAACUGGCUGACCAUUGUCCCCAGUUUAGCUUGCUUUGAUGAUACCAGCAUAGCCUGGAUGUUUUCCGACCGUAGGAAUUCAGCGAAGUGGAAGGUCAAGACAAUACAACAGAUGACUAAAGAUGGACGCCACCAAUCUUCACCGGGUAGUUAUAUACGUAAAUUGUUCAACCUAAGUGUUGGAGUCCUCAUUGCAUACCUAAGCAUUCCAGUAGUUCAGAACCUUGUGUCUCCCCGACAGGCAAUGAACACCUCAUUUGAACCACUCAGAAUAGUGAACACGUAUGGAGCAUUUGGCAGUGUGACUAAGGAGCGAACAGAGAUUAUACUACAGGGAACGUAUGACAACCCUUAUGACAAGAAGGCAGUGUGGGAAGAGUAUGAGUUCCAUUGUAAGCCUGGCAAUGUCACACAGCGACCAUGUUUGAUUUCACCAUACCACUACAGACUAGACUGGCUGAUGUGGUUUGCAGCAUUUCAGAGUUAUGAAAGAAACCCUUGGCUUGUUCACCUUUGUGUGAAAUUGAUGGUAAAUGAUGAAGACACCUCAUCUUUAAUAGCACACAACCCUUUCCAGGGUCGUGAUCCUCCAGAGUAUAUACGUAUGGAACACUACAAGUAUACAUUCACAAAGAUAGGCAGCAAGGAUGCCAAAAAUGGAAAAUGGUGGAAAAGAAAAUAUAUUGACUCCUACCUAAAUCCAAUUUCUCUAAAAUCUGUGAAGGAAUAUAUGAAACAGAUGGAUUAUAAAAUGCCUGUUAAGAAGGCAAAACGAAAACUUAAGAGUCAGUUUUAAAUUUUAAAGUCCUAUUUUAUUGUAAUAAUAUUCUUGUAUUUUUCCUUUUUGUGUUGUUAACGGUGCUUUAAAUUAAUGUUAAUAAAAUUUACAAUUUCCUUC